AUGGCAACUGAAAAUGCACCUGAUACUGUGCAUCGCGUAAAAGUUGGUCCAUUUGAGGCUACAUGUUGUGAGCCAGCGCGGCAGGAUGACACUGACAGGGAAAAGCUAAAGCAUACUUGUUUAACUAACAUCAUGAAACCUGUCAAUCCAGAAGAUGUGCACCCAGCAAAAAAUGUGCCAAAAGAAAACCAGGAAGGGACUGUAAGUCAUAAACUUACAGGUCAUCCUGUAAAAGUUGGUCCAUCUGAAGCUAAAUUUUGUGAACCAGUGCUGCAGGAUGACACUCACAGUGAUAAGCAAAAGGAUACUUGUACAACAAACAUCAUAAAACCUGUCAAUCCAGAAGAUGUGCAACCAGCAACAAAUAUGCCAAAAGAAAACCAGGAAGGGACUGGAAGUCAUGAACUUACAGGUAGUAGUGGCCAUCAUUCUUUGGUGUCCGAAAAUCAUAAUAAUAGCUCUGAAAGUCAUGGUCAUUUCAAGAGAAAAGAGAUCCCGAUAAAUGACGAUGAUGAGCUGGUUGUGUUAAUUCCAAUAGGAGAUGUGCCGCAAUCCCAAGUUCAGAAAAAAGAUUCUCUUCAUUUAGGUCUCACUUGGGGAGAGAGAACCAAGCGCACAGUAUGUGCCAAAAGAAAACAAGGAAGCGACUCAAAGAAGAAUGAGUUUGCUUCAGAUUGUGACGAAGAGAGAAAAUCUGAAUCUAGCAUAAAAAAUGAAAAAGGAAACCUCGAAGAACACAAGGAGCCAACACUGCAACAAAAUUUUGGAAUGAAACAGAGGAAGAAGAAGAAAACAACUAAUACUGAAGAAUCUGGAGAUAAGGUUGACAACUCUGCACAAGAUUCUAAAAGGGCUUGUACCGGUAAAGAUCAUGGUGCAGAACUGAUUGGCUCUAAAAUAAAAGUUUGGUGGCCAUUGGAGCAAGCAUUUAUAAAAGGUGUCAUUUCGUUUUUCGACAGGCCAAAAAGGGAACUUUACGAGGGAGUAGUUUCUUCUUUUGACCCUGUGGAAAGGAAACACAAGGUCAUAUAUGAUGAUGGUGAAGCAGAGAAAUUGAGACUGCAUAAAGAACGAUGGGAGAUGCUUAAAGAUAAUUCAACUGAAAAGGACCAUGGAUUUGACUUUCAAGGCCAUGCUGUUUCAUCUGCUACGUAA